UGUUGAGAAAUCGUGUUUAUGUCUGCGGGAAAAUUUUUGCAGCACAGAAUUUAGAUGAAAGAAGUCUAUUUUAAUUGGUAAAGGGAUAAAGGAUGGCCUUUUUCCCUGCUGGUUUUCGAUUAUCAACAAGAAAAAUACUUCCUUUGGUGCCCAGUAGAUUCCAUCCAAGGAAAGCAUCUGGAUUUCAUGAAGAGGAAUUGGCAUUUCAAGAACUCUGUACUGCAGAGAGGUUUGCUUCUUGUUUGUGUUCAUGUUCAGACAUCAGAUCUCUUCGAAAGCUACAUGCCCGCAUUUUAGCUCAUGGAUUUGGAGAUAACAUAUAUCUGGGGUCCAAGCUGUUGAAUUUGUAUGCUAGCUUUGGUGGUUUACCUGAAUCCCAAUGGGUAUUUCGAAAGAUCAUUAACAGAAACCUUUCUCUUUGGAAUUCUGCCAUCGUUGGGUAUUUUAGAGCUAGUUAUUUCGAGGAGGUUCUUUGUUUAUAUUUAAAUUUAAAGUCUCAAGGGAUUGGUAUUGACAGUUCAGCUAUUACAUUUGGUUUGAAGAGUUGUAUUGAGUUUGGGAAUGUAGAAUUUGGAAGAGGAAUUCAUGUGGAUGCUUUCAAGUUUGGUCUAAAUGGAGACAAAUUUGUUGGUUCUUCUCUUGUGGGAUUGUACUUUAGCUUUCAAUGUAUGGAGGAUGCUCGGCAAGCAUUUGAAGAAAUCUUAGAUAAGGAUGUCGUUGCUUAUACAGCAAUGAUUACAGGGCAUGCACAAUUGUCUGAUUUCCAGUCAUUUAAGGCAUUUGAAAUAGCUAGUGAUAUGCAGAGAGAAGGAUUGGAUGCUAACCGGGUGACACUGGUGAGCUUACUCCAGGCGGUGGGGAAGUCUGAAGCACUCAAAGAAGGUCGAUCAGUUCAUUGUUAUGCCUUAAGGAGAGAAAUUGGUCAUUCAGAUGAACUUUUCCAGACCAGUCUUGUAGAUAUGUAUGCUAGAUGUGGCGCUAGGACUGCUGCAGCUUCUGUGUUGAGGCAAAUGGAAAGAAGAAGUGUUGCUUCAUGGAAUGCCUUGAUUGCUGGACUCAUUCAUCAUGGGCAGAAUUCUGAGGCUCUGAAAAAUUUCUCACUCAUGCAACAAGAAGGGAACAUAUCCCCUGAUUCAAUCACCUUAGCAAAUGUGCUUUCGGCUUGUUCUGAUUUGAAUUAUGUGCACUUUGCCACGAGAAUCCAUGGUUACUUAAUCAGAAGAGAUAUUCCUCUUGAUAUAGUUUUGACUACUGCUCUUAUUGAAAUGUAUUCAAAAUGUAAUAAAACCACUAGAGCCAGGGAAUUGUUUGAUCAGCUAAUUAUGAGGGAUGAGAUCUUAUAUAAUGUAAUGAUUUCUGGUUAUCUACAAAAUCAUAUGAUCAAUGAGGCUACCAUUUUGUUUGGUGAAAUGGUUAAAGCAGGUGUCAGACCAAACGCUGCAACUGUGCUGAGUAUGCUGUCAACAUUUGCCAAUCUAGCAGACAUAAGAAGUGGCAAAUGGAUCCAUGGUUUUGUGGUCAGGUAUUGUCUCCAAACAGAUGUGGAUGUUUCUAAUCAGAUUCUACACAUGUAUGCAAAAUGUGGACGCAUUGACAUUGCAAGGACAACUUUCAACUCAAUAGCGAAGAAAGACUUGGUUUCGUGGACGGCAUUGAUGAUGGGCUAUGUAAAUUAUGGUCAUGCAGAUGAAGCUCUAGCACUGUUUCAGCUAAUGCGACAAACAGGAGAGAAGCCUGAUACAGUGACUAUUACAACCCUGCUUCAAGCACUUCCACAGCUUGGGUGUUUAGAACCAGUGAAGGAAAUCCACGGGUACAUCUACAGAACUUGUUUGGAAAAAGAUACUGCCACCAUGAAUUCAAUAAUAAAUGCGUAUGCGAAGUGUGGAAGGCUAGAUACUUCAGAAGCUGUAUUCAAUAAUAUGACAGAAAGAGGACUGACCUCAUGGAACACAAUGAUCACAGCAUAUGGGAUGCAUGGGUACUGCAAAGAGGUGCUUGAGCUGUUUAAUCAAAUGCAGAAGGAAAAUCUGAAGCCAGAUGAGUUAACAUUCACUUCAGUGCUUUCAGCUUGCAGCCAUGCUGGGCUUGUUGAAGCGGGUUGGCGUGUCUUCAAUUCCAUCAGUUGUGAGCAUUCCAUUACUCCACAGGAAGAGCACUAUGGUUGCAUGGUUGAUUUACUGGGUGCUCAGGCUGGCAAGUGGAGUGAAGCUGCAAACUUGAGAACCAUAGCUAGAGAAAAAGGGUUGAGAAAAAUUCCUGGUUAUAGCCUAAUAGAAUUAGAAUAGCAUGUCUGUGGGAUAUGAACCCCUUGAGAAAACAACUGUUGGAUCAAAACGGAGCAACCAUGCUGGAAUUUCCAUUGAACGCAAAUUGACUGUCCUUUCGAUUUUGUAGCAGAAAAGGUUGAGGCAGGAUAGGAUACUGUACGUUACUGUCAUAGGUUUAAUGUCUAUUGUUUCAUUGAAAAUUGAAGAUAAAUAAGGUCUUCUUUGCACUUUCAAUGCAUCAAUGUAUGUGGUUCAGAUUUUUCCUUGUUGGAAUCAGUGCCUUCUUCUGUA